UGGCUCCACCUCAUUUCCUCCGCCCGGAUGUUCUCGUCGUCGUCCACAGCGCGAGCACCUGCGUUGACCUCGCUUCUCCCCGGGCCAGAAGCAAGCUCUGCCAACGAACUUGGUGGUACCCUCACGGGUGGCCUCUUGGACAUUGACAAGGGCUUCCCCACCGAGCCGGACUUUGGCCUGCUGCUGUCCGACGCCAAGCGGCGCAAUGCCCAGUUCGACGAGCAAGGACUGCCACGGCUGCUGCGCCGUGUGGAUCAGCUGGAGGACGAGUCACGGAAGCUGGUGUCCAAGGCUGCGCGGUCGGGAGACCUGACCGGCAAGGAGCAGGGGCUGCGGCUGUUGGCGUCCAAGGGCUUUGACGGAGCGCGGCUGACGCGGGCGCUCGAGUCUGUGGACCUGCGGGUGGCGUUUGAGCCACGCCAUGCGCUCGCAGACACGGAUCUCGAGUCAUACCUGGCACACAACCACGAGCAGAUUAUUGUGUCUGCCGUGCUGGAGGCCAAGGCCGAGACUGCGAGUGCGUUUGACGACAAGAUCGGCGAGGCCAUGUACAACGACUGGAGCAAGACCAAGGACGCACUGAUACAGGCGUUCGGAAAGAUCGAGAAGGACAACCAGCCCGAGGCGGGUGCGCCGACGCCAGUCUCGAGCUCGCUGCAGCUGCCUAGCCACGCGCUUGGCCCGCGGCCGCCGACGGUGAUGACCCAAGAGAUGGAGGCGUACGCACAGGUCAUUGCCGCGCUCAACACCGAGCCGGAGCCGUUCCCGGUCAUUGCCGCCCUACAGGAGACUGCGGCGAGGAUGCAUAACCGCGAGCUGGCGGACUCGUUCGGGCUCCUGCAGACCAUGCUCGACGAGGACGGCGCCAUGCGGGGGCGCCGUCGUCGGCGGGCUACUUUACGGACUACUGCUCGAACGUCGACAUGCAGAGGCAGCUGAUCGAGGGCGCUCGGCGCUUCUUUGAGCAGCAGUACCGCUCGCUGCUUGUGGCCUACGUCGGCGAGCAGCACGACGCCUAUGUCGGCGGCGAGCCGGACCUCCUCGCGGUCAUCAAGACCUUUAUCGAGACCAAGUUUGCCGGCAACAUGAUGCCGAAUCUCGAGACCGUCGACGGGUACCCGCUCUACGCCGGCGCCUACCUUUGCCUGCGCUGCGGCGCGUAUGGGGAGCUGCUCCAGCUGGCGCAGACCAAGGGCGACAGAUGGCUCGUCUCUAUCGUCUCGGCCUUUGUCAACACUCGUGCCACAGGCGAGAUGUUUCCGCCCUCGCUCCGCGACGACGUCAAGAGCAUGGCCAAGAUGGCAAGCGCCACCCCCGACGUCUACAAGCAGGCGCUUUGUGCAGUCAUUGCUCAGUACGCACAGCCACUGGACGAGGUCCUCUCCACGGCGCAGGACUACGUCUGGUUCAAGCUCAUGCUCGUCGACACGUCUUCCGACGCCACCACGUCUCCCGACGCAAACUCCCUGCCGGCUCUCAUCGACGUCCAGCGUGAGUUCACCGGAUACGCCAGUAGCGGGCACUUUGCCUCUCUCUCGCCGUACCUCACCUUCCAGAUCUUCCUCGGCGUCCAGCUCUUUGACGACGCCCUAACGGCGCUCGGCUCGGACCCUGCGGUGGUGGCGUGCGCCCUGGCGCUCACCCACUACGGCAUUAGCACGCCCGUUGUUCACAACAUCGUCCUCCGCUCUGCCCGAUCGCUCGCCAAGUCUGCACCGGGCGCCGCCCUGCACUACUACUUGGUCCUUGCCCCGUCCAACCGCGACGAGUACAUCAAGGAGCUCCUGCUCGACAACCCCGAGCUGCUCCCGGCCCUCAAGCCGAUCCGCAAGCUCUCGGCCGACGACAUUCGCGAGUACACCAAGGCCGCCGCCGGCCUCGCCGAGAACAAGAUGCGCAUCUCAGACGCGCUCGCCCUGUACUUUGCCGCCGGCGAGGCCGCCAAGGUCGUUGAUCUCCUCGUCCGUCACCUCGCCCGCUCGCUGAGCGCACUCUCGCGCGACCGCGCCUCCGCCCGCGAGCUCGCCGAGCACUACGCCGUCAAGGUCGUCGAGGCCUCGAUGCUCGCUUCGAUCGACGCCGACCUCGUCGCCUCCUUCAACAGAGUUGUUCUCGCCGCCGACGCCCUCGACGCCGCCCAGUCGUCGUCCCACGAGUCGACCCUCGAGAUCCUCGACUCUCUCGGCAUGUUCCCCACCCAGCAAGCCGACCUCAACGCCGCCGUCGCCGCCUUUGCCGGCCUCCACGACGCCCUCAAGGCCAUCCUUCCCGAGCUCCUGGUCGCCGCGAUGUCCGCCAUCUCGGCCCUUUACGCCCAGGCCCGCUCCCCGGCCGUCAAGGACGCCCUCCGCGAGCGCGCCCACCUCCUCUCGGCCUUUGUCGGCCUCGUCGACUUUAAGCUCCCCGGCGACGUCUCUACCCGCCUUCUCCGCAUGGAAGUCGCCCUCAACUAAAUCCCCAUCCCCCCC